AAGUCACAAGACUGAGGAGAAAGAAGACAAAAUCCAUUUAUCACUUUUACUUCCUGCAUCAACUUAGACAUGAAGACACUUGUCAUGUUUCUACUCAUCUGUGCCGUGAUGGUCCUGAAUAAUGCUGCUGAUGAGGAUCACAUCCUCAAGAGAUCAAUAUCUUGUCCCCACGGAUGGAGUGGUUACAGGGGCCGCUGUUUCCUCUACAUUUCAACACCAAUGACUUGGGGUAAUGCUGAGCAAACCUGUCUGAGCCGAGGGGGGAACCUUGCGUCGGUGCACAGCUUUAGUGAGCAGAACUUUAUUCAGUCAUUGAUCCUGAGCCUCACUCAUUCAUAUCCACUCACAUGGCUUGGAGGCUCAGAUGCAGAGCAGGAGGGUACCUGGUUCUGGAGUGAUGGUACUCAUUUUGACUUCAACUACUGGGAUAAGGGCCAGCCUGAUAACUAUUUACAUGCUCACUGUCUGCUCAUGAACUAUGGAGGUAACAAGAAAUUUGAUGAUCAGCCCUGUUCUCGCACAAGGCCAUUUGUCUGUGCAAUGAAACCGUGAAGUCUCUUUGGAUGACAGAGGCACCUACA